AUGAAUAUCUCUUUCCUUCUAUUAUUCCAUCUUUUGCUUCAUGUCUUUUGUUGUAUCUCUUCAUUUGCUAGUGGAGCUACUCUGCCAGAAGAAGAAGUACAAGCUAUGAAAGACAUAGCUAAGACACUUGGGAAGAAGGAUUGGGACUUCAGCAUAGAUCCAUGCAGUGGACAAAGUAAUUGGACAUCUUCUCCUGUGCAAGUGAAAGGAUUUGAAAAUGCUGUGACUUGCAAUUGCUCUUUUGCCAAUGCCACUACCUGCCAUAUUGUUAGCAUAGUUCUAAAGUCACAAAAUCUUUCUGGCACACUUCCAAGAGAAUUUGUGAAAUUACCUUACCUCCAACAAAUUGAUCUCACACGCAACUACCUUAACGGUACAAUCCCUCCACAAUGGAGCUCCAUCAAUCUUGUUAACAUUUCAUUAUUUGGAAAUAGAUUAACAGGUCCAAUUCCAAAAGAAUUUGGAAAAAUCACCACCCUGAAAAGCUUGGUUUUGGAGUUCAAUCAGUUUUCCGGAAAGCUGCCUCCGGAGCUUGGGAAUCUUCACCAGCUUGAAAGAUUGCUUCUUACUUCCAACUAUUUUACUGGAAAUUUACCUGCAACAUUUGCUAAGCUCACUAAACUUAAGUACCUUCGACUUGGCGACAACCAAUUCUCUGGAACUAUUCCUGAUUUCAUUCAGAGUUGGACAAGUCUUGAGAGGCUGGUGAUACAAGGGAGUGGUUUGAGUGGUCCAGUUCCUUCUGCAAUUUCAUAUCUGAAAAAUCUUACCGACUUGAGAAUAAGUGACUUGAAAGGAUCAGAUUCUCCAUUUCCGCAACUUAAUAACUUGACAAAUUUGGAAACAUUAGUAUUGAGGAGUUGCAAUCUUAUAGGAACAGUUCCGGAGUAUCUUGGAAAUAUUACCAAUUUAAGAUCAUUAGACCUCAGUUUUAACAAAUUAAGUGGAGAAAUUCCGAACACCUUGGGUGGCUUGGAGAAUAUAAAUAUACUAUACUUAACUGGAAACUUUUUUACUGGACCACUGCCAAAUUGGAUAGCUAGACCGGACUACACAGAUCUUUCGUAUAACAAUUUGACCAUUGAAAAUCCAGAGCAGUUGACAUGUCAACAGGGAACCUUGAACUUGUUUGCAUCAUCUUCAGAGGGAAGUAACUUGGGAACGGUUUCUUGUUUGGGGAACAUUGGUUGCCCGAAAACUCGGUACUCUCUCCAUAUAAAUUGCGGUGGUAAGCUCAUAACUUCAAAUGAAAGCUUGACGUAUGAUGAUGAUUCAAAUGAAGUUGGACCAGCAAGCUUUCACCGGACUGAAUCAAAUUGGGCACUCAGCAACACUGGUCACUUUUUUGAUAGUGGCCUUGUGGACUACUAUACCUGGUCUAACACAACUAACCUUGCCAUCGACAAUGGAGAACUGUAUAUGGACGCUCGUGUUUCUCCUCUUUCUCUAACAUAUUAUGGAUUUUGCCUGGGAAAUGGAAACUACACAGUAAAACUCCAUUUUGCAGAGAUAAUGUUCACUGAUGAUCAAACUUAUAACAGCCUUGGGAGGCGUAUAUUUGACAUCUACGUUCAGAGAAGGUUGGUGCUGAAGGAUUUCGAUAUUGCAAAAGAAGCUGGUGGAGUUGGUAAGGCAAUCAUAAAGAACUUCACUGCUGUUGUGACUAGUAAUACCUUGGAGAUUCGCCUUCAGUGGGCUGGGAAAGGCACAACUGCUAUUCCAUUUGGAUCGGUAUAUGGUCCUCUUAUAUCGGCUAUAUCAGUUGAUCCUGACUUUACACCCCCAGUGGAAAAAGGAAGUGGCAUACAUGGGUGGGAUAUUAUUGCAGUUGUAGUUGCUGGAGCACUAUUUGUCUUCAUCUUAUUUGGUAUAGCUCAGUGGAGAAGACGUCAACGACAAAUAGGUCCUUUAGAAAGAGAGGUAAAGGGUUUAGAUUUCCAACCUGGGUUAUUUACGUUACGGCAAAUCAAAGCAGCAACUAACAACUUCGAUAUAGCCUUUAAGAUUGGAGAAGGAGGGUUUGGUCCUGUUUACAAGGGUGUUCUUUCGGACGGCAGAAUAGUAGCAGUUAAGAAGCUUUCUUCUAAAUCAAAGCAAGGGAAUCGUGAAUUUAUAAAUGAGAUUGGUUUAAUUUCUGCUUUGCAACACCCUUGUCUAGUUAAGCUCUAUGGUUGUUGUAUGGAGGGAGAUCAGUUAUUGCUGAUAUAUGAAUACAUGGAAAAUAAUAGCCUUGCUUGUGCUUUGUUUGCCAAAGGAAAAGAUCAAUUGAAACUAGCUUGGUCAACAAGGAAGAGAAUUUGUGUUGGUAUUGCUAGAGGUUUAGCUUACCUUCAUGAAGAAUCAAGACUAAAGAUAGUUCACAGAGACAUCAAGGCUACUAAUGUAUUACUGGAUAAAGAUCUCAAUCCAAAGAUAUCUGAUUUUGGUUUGGCGAAGCUUAAAGAUGAGGGUUACACUCACAUAACCACUAGAAUAGCCGGCACUUAUGGAUAUAUGGCUCCAGAAUAUGCAAUGCACGGAUAUUUGACUGAGAAAGCAGAUGUUUAUAGUUUCGGAGUUGUUGCCUUGGAAAUUGUUAGUGGGAAGCACAACACCAUGAGUUGUCCUAAGGAUGAAUGCUUCUCUAUUGUUGAUUGGGUGCAUCUCUUGAAGGAAGAAGGUAAUAUAAUGGACCUAGUUGAUGAGAGGUUAGGUGGAGAUUUCAAAAAAGAGGAAGUAAUGACCAUGAUCAAUGUGGCUCUUUUAUGCACUCAUGUUUCUCCAAUGCACAGGCCAACCAUGUCAUCAGUUGUAAGCAUGCUUGAAGGAAAAUCUGUUGUUGAAGAAGUGGUGUCUGACACAAGCCAAGUUUUUGAAGGGAAAAAGUUGGAGAUGAUUCAACAGUAUUACCAACAAAGUGAAAAAAAUGUUACCCCUGAAACUGAAGAAGAGAGCAUCUUAAUAGAUGCAACUGCAGAAUACAUGUCUGAUACAAAUCUGCAAUCUGUCAACAUGGAUUCUCCUUAUAGAAGUUUCAACACUCUGUAAAUGAUUUAUAUCUUGUACUUUUGGAUAAUCUUUCAUACACAUAUUGUAGAUUUUAAUGAAGUUUGUAAAAAAAAAAAAAAAAAGUUGUACUCUUAUAAGUAAACACACUUAAAAGAACUUUCAU